AUGGCUCAGGUCGACGUCGCGGGCAGCAUGGCCGUCACUCAGGCAAUGGCGCGCCUCGCGAGCGACUUUAGCGACUCAACGGCACUCUCCCAUCACCAGCAGAUCCAUGCGCGACUCCAGCUUGAGAUCCUCGACGUGCGCGAAGAGGUCGCACGGCUCAAGGGCGAACUCCGGCGCGACCAGGACCCCGCGCGGAUGGGCCAUAUCCAGCGCCAGAUUGGACACCUCAUGCAGCAGAUUAACGCGAUUAGAGAGAAGGCCGCCGAGGCCGAGGCGAUUGUGAAGGCUAUCACGAGCGAUAUCCAGCGACUCGACGUGGCCAAGCGGAACCUCACACGGACAAUGCAGACGAUUGAGCGAUGGGGGAUGCUGAAACACGCACAUCAGCAGCUGCGCGAGCUCGUGCCCACAAAGCGGUACAAGGAGACGGCGUCGUCCCUGUCCGCCGUCAUGCAGCUCCUGGAGCCCCUGCGCCCGCUCACGACUGUGUCCGAGGUGGCCGCUGUCUUCAAGGCGGCCGAGAGUGACCGCAAGGCCGUGCAGGAGAAGGUGAACGUGGAGAUGGAGACAUUCUUCCGCAACGACCCCAACCACCCGCCCGACCUGCGAAUUGUGGCCGAGAGCUGUCUCGUCAUUGAGGUUCUGGGCGGCGACUACCGCAAGCACAUUAUCGAGCGAUACCUCCAGCUCCAGCUGGCAGAGUACCGGCGCAUCUUCCGGAGCACGGACGAGGCGGGCCAGCUCGACAACGUGCCGAGACGAUACGCUUGGUUCCGCCGCGUGCUCAAGCAGCACGACGAGGAGCACGCUGCGCUCUUCCCGGCGUCGUGGGAGGUGACGCGCUUGCUCGUGGCAAGCUUUGCCGAGCAGACGCGCGUGGACCUGGCCAAUGUCCUCGGCAAGGCGGUCCCGAACGUCGGCGUCCUCCUCGACGCCCUCCAGGCGACACUCGACUUUGAAGGCGCCUUUUCGCGCCGGUUCGCCAUGCCGUUCGAGGACGUUACUGUCAAUAGCAUUUCGCCGUCGUCGAGUUCGUCAAAGUGGACCAUUUCGUCCAUUUUCGACACCCACUUUGGUGUCUAUGUCGAUGCGCAGGACAAGGCGAUCGCCGACAUGUUGUCGCAGUACCGCGGCGCCCGAUCGCGGUCGUCACUCGAGGGUGUCAUGAUCGAGACGGAGGACAAUGCCGGACCCGCAGUGCUGCCUUCUUCGACCGAGUUGUUCUACGUCUACGGCCAGACCCUCGACCAGUGCUCCAAGUACACGUCAGGCGACGCCAUGGUCAAGCUCGGCAAGGUGUUUGGCAAGUGGCUGAAGGUGUACUGCGACGACGUCCUGCUAUCGAGCAUGAAGAAGUCAGAUGUGCGCAAGUCGUUUGAAGGACGCGGCAGUGGGGUACAACUGCAAGACGUCAAGAAUGCCUGCUUGGUCCUCAACACGGCCGAGUACUGCCUCAACACGUCUGUGCAACUCGAGGAGCGCCUCAAGGACAAGGUCCGGGGAGACCUCCGCGACCAGGUGUCUUUCCAAGAGGAACGAGACGGUUUCACCUCGUGCAUGGCCACGUGCAUCACCAACCUUUUGCGCGAGCUCGAGACGGCGUGCGACCCUGCGUUUGCUGCCAUUCUCAAGACGCCAUGGCGCGACUUGGAAAAUGUAUCGGGCCGCUCCGCCUACGUCGUCGACUUGGUGAGCAGUAUCAAGGAGGUGGCAGAGUGCGUGCGGACGCGCAUAGAGUCGAAAAAGUAUAUCCGCAACUUUGCGGACAAGACGGUUGGCCUGGUGAUUACGCGGUUCACUCAGUCGGUGGUCAAGUCGCGUCCACUCCGGAAGAUUGGCGCCGAGCAGAUCCUUCUCGAUGUGCAGGCUGUCAAGGCGUGUCUCCUCGACCUGCCCGAGCCGCACCCGGAAAACUCGGUCAACGGGUACACCAAAUAUGUGACCAAGAACACGGGCCAGCUCGAGACCAUGCUCAAGGUCGUGCUUGCGCCCGACGAGGUGCCCGAGGGCUUUGUGCAAAACUACUGUCUGCUCAUUGGCGACCGGUCGUUCACCAACUUUCAAAAGAUCCUCGACCUCAAGGGCACACCGCGCGGCGACCAGCAAAAGCUCGUCGACAUCUUCCUGUCUGUCACGUCCACAAAGGACGACCUGGCAGACACGUCCUUUCUCACGGGUCUGGACAUGGACCCAGGCUCGGACAAGUCGGCGGCAGCGGCGGCGCACGCGUUCCCAGCAGCCAACAACAAUGUCAUCCCUGUCGCGGCGCUCUUCUCGCCCACAUUGCCGUCUGGGUCCGGCGGCGUGCUUCCCUCCCUCCUCAACCGCUCCUCGACGGACAACCAUUCGCCAGAUCCAAACCGUACAGAGACGCCACGCACGUUUGGCGAGUUCCGCCGUCUUGUCCAGUUUGCCACACGGCGAGACACUUAUACUUAG